GAAGCUUCACGUGGGCUGUCAUUCCGGUGUCGGCGUUAACAUGGCUGCGCUCGGUGUAACGCGUUGCUUCUUUCGGCGUUCGCAUCAGCUAAAAAAGGUGGAGACGAAAUGCAUCGUCGGGUUCGGAUGGGUUCUGAGGAGAUAUGGUAGUGUGGAUUCUCAAAGCAGCAAUCAGUCUUCACUUGAAAGCCAGAAGUUGAAGUUUUCAGAUGAGAAGGUACAAAGCAUUUUGACCAGAAUUACAGGUCUUGAUUUACAGAAGGUUUUUAGGCCUGUUAAGAUGGAGAUGAAGCCUCCUUCAUACCAUCUGAUGACAGAUGAACAGCUUUCCGAGGCCACAAAAACAGCAGAAGAAGUGGCAAGACAGAGGUUACAGAUGCCCCCAGUUCUGCCAGAACGCAAACCUAUUUGUGAUAUUUUGGCAGUAGACAAAAUCUUGGAUGGACUUGAAAAAAGCAAAUAUGUAUUCACAGAUAUCACCUUUAACGUUCCUCAUAGGGAACGUUUCAUUGUGAUUAGGGAGCCUGAUGGUAUCUUGCGCAAAGCAACAUGGGAAGAGAGGGAUCGGAUGGUGCAGAUUUACUUCCCCUUCAAAGGCAGGCGACUGACUACCCCAGCAGUUUUCAAAGAGGCAAACAUGAAGGUUGUAUUUCUUGAGGAUCGUCAUGAGUUUCUUCUAAACCAUUGUCUUGUUCAGUUUGAACCAGAUUCUGCUGAAUAUAAACAAAUUCAUCAUUUGACUUAUGAGAACAUUGAUCAGCAUGGCAAAUAUGAUCUCCUGCGCUCAACUCGUCACUUUGGUGGAAUGGUUUGGUAUUUGGUUAGUGAACGCCGAAUUGAUGGACUAGUAAUAGAUAUGAUUCAGAGAGAUUUAAUACAUGAUGCAGAAAGUGUUGUUGAAUUGUAUCACAUGAUGUAUCCUCAGUGCCAGUCAGCAAAGGAGGCUUCUGAGCAGCAAGCUAGUGGAAUUAACUUACUUAAGGUGUAUGCCAGGACAGAAUCCAAGCAGUCCGGAUAUAUUGAACUUGCACUUCAAGCCUACCAACAAAUUUCUCUGCAAACUUCAGGCUAACACUUUUCUCAAGUGAUGACUUUGUCUUGUCAUAUAGAUUACUUAUGAUAGAUUUCAUACUGAUUGAAGAAUAAACUUUGAUGACCACUGUC